UUGUGGGCGCAAUUGUCGCCCGAUUUAUUGAAAAACUGAUGGCAACGUCGGGCACCGAUCCCUAUGAUAUACAUCUGGUGGGUCACAGUCUGGGCGCACAGAUCUGCGGCUUUACGGGCAAAAAUCUUCAAUUGAUAACGAAUGGGACGUUAAAAGUUGGACACAUCACUGGCUUAGAUCCGGCCGGACCUGGAUUUACGGGCAAAAGACUGGACCCGGAAGACGCCAAUCUGGUCACUGUUAUCCACACCAGCGCUGGUGUCACCAAGAACACUAAUCCGUUUUCGGGCGAAAACCCUCUGGAAUCGGUUCAGUUAUUUGGUUUUCUCGGCUGUAGUGAUUCAUUGGCUCACUUUGACUUCUGGCCAAACGGGGGCAGUGGUCAGCGCGGCUGCGAGAAGAUAUCGGCCGAGUUUCUUAAUGAGAUCGCGACCUCAGGAUUCAAUGCGUUGGCCCAAAAGGCCAAAUGUGAUCACUCGAGAGCCACAGAAUUGCCAACAUAUGAAUUAGAAGAGCGACAACCGGACAGUUGCCAAAUGAUUGGCUACCAGUGCGAGAGUUACGGCGAUUUUAGCGCCGGGAAGUGCGCCGAUUGUGGCCCCGAUAAUGAACUGUGCCGUCCGAUGGAGUUCUGGCCAGAAUAUUGGCCCAAACGUAUCGAUACGCCCACAACUUUAUUACUAAACGAGUUAUUUCUGUUGACUGCCUCAAAGGAUCCCUUUUGUCUUUUUCACUAUCAGAUUGUGAUACUGAUGGAGGAGACAUCAGUGGCCGGCACUUUCACCCUUAACCUCAAAACUGUUAAACCAAUUGUUGCUGAGAUUGAGAGCGAUUUGUUUGGCUUCAAGUCGGGCCAGAAUUAUACCUAUUUAUACACAGAUAGUCAGCAUUUGGGACAAAUAGCCGAAGUAAUGGUCAGUUUUGAAGAGAAUAUCGCCGGACAAUUCAAUCAUUUGGGACAAAUAGCCGAAGUAAUGGUCAGUUUUGAAGAGAAUAUCGCCGGACAAUUCCAUAAACAUCCCGAGCAUGCGAACAGCACAGAAAGUGCUAUUAGGGUUAAACAGGGAAUCGCUGGCGUCUACGAAACUGAAGAAUGUAAGAGUGACCACUGUUUCGAAGACGUCGGCUGUUUUAAUAGCCGACAAUUUUUGGACGAAAUCGACAAAUACGCGCAUUUCAUACGGAAAGCGGCAAAUCUGGUUCACUCGGACGCCUUCUCAAAGCUCAACAACGACUUCAUGAUAUGUCCGGCCGACCCGACCCACGCCGACGUCCACUUUCGACUCUAUACACCCAACGCAACACAGAAUGUGAUCCUUACGUACAAAGCGGACACUACUGUACUCAAGAACUCGGGCUUUGAUCCCGAACUGAAGACACUGUUUGUAGUGCACGGAUAUGUAGACAAGUAUAGGGGUUGCGAUGACUACCAGGAAUGUCAUUGGAUGGAAAGAAUCAAGAAUUAUUUCAUUUCACACGAUUAUAACGUGGUGGCAGUGGACUGGAGCAAAGUGGGCAGUUCACCCAACUACUUUAACUCGGCGUUUAAUACGCGAGUGAUUGGCGCUAUGAUCGCCACAUUCAUCCGACGU